UGAACAUCUCAGACAAAAUCCAACGUCCCAUAUCCCCUUCUGCGCUAAAUAUAACCUUCCUUUCGCUUCACCCGCAUAAACCCCCUUUCGCGAAUAGGGUUUUAGUUAUUCUGGCUGAUACGCACAAGAGUGAAACAAGGAGAGAAGCAAAUAUAAGGUUAUUGCAAUGGCUUUUCUUAGUAAAGUUGGGAGUGUACUGAGGCAGACAGCCACCACACAUGUCAAUAAUGAACUUUCUGCAUCCAGGCCAUCCCUCUAUCAAGCAAUACGAUGGAUGUCGUCUUCAAAACUUUUUGUUGGAGGUGUUUCUUAUGCCACAGAUGAUACUUCUCUAAGAGAAGCUUUUAGUAAAUAUGGGGAGGUCGUUGAAGCAAGAAUUAUUCUGGAUCGAGAAACUGGUAGAUCUAGAGGAUUUGGUUUUGUUACUUACACAUCCAGUGAGGAGGCUUCUAGUGCCAUCCAGGCCUUGGAUGGACAGGAUCUUCAUGGUCGCCGUGUAAGAGUGAAUUAUGCAACUGAUAGAGCUCGUGGUAGCUUUGGUGGUGGUUAUGGUGGUGGAGGUUAUGGUGCCAGUGGUGGCGGCUAUGGUGCAGGUGGCGGCGGCUAUGGUGCAGGUGGUGGCUAUGGUGCAGGUGGUGGCUAUGGUGCUUCUGGUGGAGGCUAUAACAAUAAUUAUGGAGCUGGUAGCCCUAGUGGUAGCAGCAGCUAUGCAGGUGGAAAUGCUCUUGACGCAGCUUUUGGUAGUGGUGGUGGUGAUGUUGCUGGAGGCAGUGAUAAUUUUGGUAGCAGCAAUACGGGUGGCGGGUUUGAUGGAAAUCCAGGAUUGGGAUUUGGUGGCGAUGAAAGUGGCACCUUGGAUGAUGGAGCUGGAGGAUAUGAUCAAGAUGAACCAUUGGAAGGAAAUUUCAAGGAUGAUGACGAUGAUGCUGGUGACUUUGCCAAAAGGGUGUGACGGCCAUCUUCGCUGUUGGAAGGCUGUUACAAACUUGCUUCCGCUCCAUAUUUUAAAUAGAUGGCAAUUUUGUUUGGUUUUAAUCAUACUUCUGACUGUUUAUGGACAAUUUGCAUUAUUUAUCAAUUUGGCGAUGUGAAGUAAAACUUUUAGGGCACUGUCAUUUGCAAGUAAAACAAAGUCUCUCACUAGGAAUAAUUAUAGUUGCAAAUACUAUUUUCCCUUGGUCUCUCUGACCUUGUCCAUUUGUCAGCUCAUUUGGCUCCCAAUGACAUGUAUAAAUUGAGUUUGGUGGACCA